UGGCUGUAAUUCUUCUGAUUCUCAUGUCUCUUCCUGGAAGAAAACAAGAGGCAGGUUUCACUUUCACCCAAGUGAAAGACAUUUCAGAGCUGCUGUUUAAUGGUUUCAUUAAACGGGUGGAAGAAAUGAGGAGGGAAUUAAAAAAAACCCUGCAAAAAUCAUUUGAGAAGUGAGUCAGUGACUAAAGAUGACGUCAGAGCAGAAUCCGGAUACACUGGAUGAGAGUCAAAACAGAAACACUGUUUACAGAUGCUGUUACUGUUACGCACGACUGGCAUCCAGAACAUCUAAUCAUGAAUGCUCAGAAAGAGAAGAGAAACAGAGAAAAAAACAAGCCCCAAUUAGAAAUUACUGGACUGCAGAAAGGAUGGAUAUAAAUGCUGAAACAGGUGCAUAUGUAAAUGCUCCUUUAUGGUCUAGAAAUGUCUUCAAUGGACCAGUACACUUUUAUGGCCAACAUGAUCAACAGAAAUCAGAUGAGUCAGAUGAGAAAGACAGAGAAAAACAAGAUUUGAGGUUGCAAGAGUUCUUGACGACUCACAAAACUAACAUGAAGAAGAAAGCAGAAUAUAUUUUUGAGUGCAAAAAAGAAAAUGAAGCACAACUCAAGGCUGUUUACACAGAACUGUUCAUCACAGAGGGAGAUAUGAAAGAAGUCAAUCAGGAACAUGAGAUUAUGAAAAUUGAUGAUGCUUUCAACAACAAAAAAUCACAGGGCAAACCAGUCAAGUGCAAUGAUAUAUUUACUGGAUUGAGGACAAACCAUAAGAAAAAGACUGUGUUGACUAAGGGGAUCGCUGGCAUUGGAAAAACUUUCUCUGUGUACAAGUUUAUCCUGGACUGGGCAGAAGGCGAUGCCAAUCAGGAUAUAGACUGUGUGUUCCUGCUUCCAUUCAGAGAGAUAAAUUUAAUGACAAAUGAAGAUUUCAGUUUCCACGCGACUAAAGACAGACAGGUCAAUAUCCAUGAAUUUCUGCUGGAAUUUCAUCCUGACCUGAAGGACCUGGAGAAAUCAAAGUUAUACAAGGAAUGUAAGCUAGCAUUUAUAUUUGAUGGACUUGAUGAAAGUCGUCUGCCUCUAAAUUUUAAAAGUAUGUCUUUGAAAACUUUUGAGAGAAGAUCAUCUGUAGAUGUGCUGUUUACAAGUCUGGUCAAAGGGGAACUGCUUUCAUCAGCACUUGUGUGGGUGACGUCACGACCAGCAGCAGCCAAUCAGAUCCCUCCUGAGUAUGUGGGUUUGUUCACAGAAGUGAGAGGAUUCACUGACCAACAGAAAGAGGAGUACUUCAGAAAGAGAAUCAAAGAUGAGAAUCAUCCAGAAUUGUCCUCCAGAAUCAUCUCACACAUUAAGACGUCUCGUAGUCUCUACAUCAUGUGCCACAUUCCUGUGUUCUGCUGGAUCACAGCCACAGUACUUCAGGAAAUUCUCAGUGAGGACGAUGCAGAGAACAUCAGCACAUCACUAACUGAAAUGUAUAUUAAUUUCCUGCUGAUACAGAUGAACAUUAAGAACCAGAAGUACGACGAAACAGAAGAAAGGCAAUGUAAAAACCUCUUAUGUUCAAACAAAGAAAUGAUUUUAAAAUUAGCCAAACUAGCGUUCAAACAGCUGAAGAUGGAAAACAUUGUAUUCUAUGAGGAAGAUCUGGAAGACUGUGGUAUUAAGGUGGAUGUAGCCACUGAGUUUACAGGAAUGAUUGCUGAGAUCUUUAAGACGGAACGUGUAAUUCAUGAGACAAAAGUCUUCUGCUUUGUGCAUCUGAGUGUUCAAGAGUUUCUCGCUGCAGUGCACGUGUUUAUAUGCUACCUGGACAAGAACAUGCAGGAGCUUCAGUUUUUCUUUGAUGAGGAAAAACAAAAUGUCACAUUGCAAGAGCUACUACAGAAGGCUGUUGAUAAAGCCAUGAAGAGUCAAAGAGGACAUCUGGACUUGUUCCUACGGUUUCUGAUGGGCAUUUCACUGAAAUCUAGUCAAGAACUGCUCAAAGGCCUGCUCACACGCACUGAAGACACAGCAGAAAGCAUCACACAAACAGCUAAAUACAUUAAACUAGUACCAGAUGAAUACAGUAUCUCAGAUGAAACUUCAGUCAACCUAUUUUACUGCUUACUUGAGCUCAAGGAUAAUUCAUUAUAUGAGGAAAUCCAGAGUUACCUCAGUUCAGAUAAGCAUCCAGGAAGAAAACUCUCAUCUUCAAUGUGCACGUUGCUGAUUUAUGUACUGCUGACUUCAAAGAAGGUGCUGGAUGAAUUCAACCCGAAAAGGUUUACAUCAUCACAAGCAGACUACAAGAGACUCAUCGAAGCUGUGAGAUGCUGCAGAAAAGCACUGUUUGACGACUGUGGCCUUGAUGAAACAUGCUGUGAAACUAUGUCUUCUGCUUUAAAAUCAAAUUCCCAUCUGACAGAGCUGCACCUAAAUAGCAAUUACCUGCAGGAUUCAGGAGUGAAUUUGCUUCAUGAUGGACUGAAGAGUUCACAGUGUCAAUUGAACGUACUGAGGUUGUGUGGGUGUAAUCUCACUGCUCAGUCCUGUGAAAGUUUGUCUUCAGCUCUACACCUGUCAAACUCCGUCUUGAGAGAGCUGGACUUGAGUAAUAAUGACCUGCAGGAUUUGGGAGUGAAGUUUCUUUCUGAUGGACUGAAAAGUUCAAACUGUCAGCUGGAGAUACUAAGAUUUUCCAUAUGCAAUCUCACUGCUCAGGCUUGUGAGAAUUUGUCAUCAGUUUUACUGUCAUCAAACUCUGUCCUGAGAGAGCUGGAUCUGAGCAAUAAUGAACUGCAGGAUUCAGGAGUGAGUCUUCUUUCUGAAGGACUGAAGAGUCCAAACUGUCAACUGGAGAUACUGAGAUUGUCUGGCUGUAUGGUGACAGAGGAAGGCUGCCAUUAUUUGUCUUUAGCUCUGACUUCAAACUCCUCAUACCUGAAAGAGCUGGAUCUGAGCUACAAUCACCCGGGAGAUUCAGGUGUCAAGCUGCUCUUGGAAAAACAGGAGGAUCCAAACUGCAAACUGGACAACCUCAAUGUGGCUCAUGGAGGAGAAUCCAGGAUUACAGCAGGACUGAGGAAAUAUGCCUGUUUUCUCACACUGGAUCCAAACACCGCAAACAAUCAACUCAAUCUGCCUGAGGAGAACAGAGUGACGUGUGAUGGCAACAAACAGCAAUAUUCUGAUCAUCCAGACAGAUUCGAAUUGUAUCCUCAGGUGUUGUGUAGAGAGAGUGUGUGUGGACGCUGUUAUUGGGAGAUUGAGUGGAGUGGUGAUGAUGGUGUGUAUAUAUCAGUGUCAUAUAAGAGCAUCAACAGGAAGGGAGAGGGUGAUGAGUGUUGGUUUGGAUGUAAUGAUCAGUCAUGGACUUUGAUCUGCUGUCCUGACAGAUACUCAUUCAAACACAAUAAGAUAGUGACUUAUCUCUCUGUAAAGCCCAUCAGCUAUCGUAGGGUAAGAGUGGAUGAAUAUAUUGGUAGAAUAGGCGUUUAUGUGGAUGAGAGUGCAGGAACUCUGUCCUUCUACAACAUCUCUGACACAGUGAGCCUCAUCCACACAGUCCAGACCACAUUCACUCAGCCGCUCUAUCCUGGGUUUAAGGUUUAUUAUAAAUCAUCAGUGAAACUGUGUUGAUUAAUCAAAAUAGAUUGACUAGAGAUUAUCCCCAUAAUGCUUUAAGCUGCAUGAAAAAUCAGUAAGGGUGACAUGUUAUAGAGUCUCUUCUUUUCUCUUCAUUACAUUAAUACUGCAGCUGAACUUCUGUCAGUAAAAUAUCAAAAUAAAUGAACAAAAUGUGUAAAAUAAAUUCUCCUAUAGACAGUAAGAUCAGUGUGUGUGUGUGUGUGUGUGUGUGUGUUUUUUGUGACAUAUCAGGACACAAAUUUGUAUAAUGACAUGGGUAUGACAUAGGUAUUACAAGGAGAAGGUGAAUUAUGAAGACAUUCAGGGUGAAAAAUGAUGAAGUUUGGGAACCACUAAACAAGGCAGCAGCAAGGGAAAUAAGUGAUCAUUAGUGGAGGAUAAUUAACAGGAGAGCAACCAUACAUUUGUGUUGUGCUUUAUUUUAUAUUCAUUCAUUUAUAAUUAUUUUACAUUUAAACAUUAUUGCAUUUAUUAUUCCAUUUAAUCAUAUGACUUAAAAAACUCAUUUUAACCAUUUAUAUAGUCAUUUCAUUGAUUAGUCAUUUAUAUUACUAUUGUUUUUAAAUAUAAUUUUUCCAUUGUUGUUUAGUUAUAUCACUGUGUGUUUCAAGGGAUGAAUAUCAUACCAUAAACCUUGAAUUUCCAUAAACAUUCCCUCUCUUAUUCAUAAGAGACAGGAGGGAAUGUUUAUGGAAGUUCAAGCUUCAUGGGAAGAUAUUGUGAACUAGUAAUUUUCCAUUGCUAUUGAUUUUGGUAUAAUAAUACUUGUUGGAUUUGUGUUACACAAAACAUACACAAGUAAUAUUAUUCGAUAAACUCUGCUUCUUUUUAUCAUCAUUACUUCGUCUCCUGCUUCUGCUCUUUUCUGGCUUUACUCAGUCACUUAGUUCGUGGCUGAUAGAAGCUCAAAGCAGUUUUGGUUACCAGACUUGCUGUUAAUGGGUUUUGGGUUUUGAUGACUCUGAUGAUAAGUUGUUCUGUUAUCAGACAUAACAGUUAUUUUCUGACAGGAUCUGUUGUCAGAGGGUGGAUCUGAUAAUUCUGGCGUGGAGGCAUGAUUUAACACAAUGAUCAGAGUUUAGCUCCAACCCUGAUUAAACUCAUGUAAACAUUUAAACAUUAAACCUGUGAUUUUCAAAUGAUCCUGAAGACACUGAUUAAUAUUCCCAGGUGUGUUUGAUUAGGGUUGGAGCUAAAGUCUGCCCGAAUGUGGAUCUUGCGAGCCAGAUUUGAGGAUCCCUGAUCUAACAGAAUACAUAUAAUACACAAAGAGUUCAGAUGCAAAACCAGCUAAAAAGCUUCUCAGUCAAAAAUGAGAUAAUGAUACUGAGUGAAUGCUCCUGACACAUAGUAUAUGUUUAUUAAAUACUUUUACUAAAAAAAUUCACUAAAUUCCAGCCUCAGCCCAAUCAGAAGUACCAGUAUUUACAUAGAAACCUAUACAAAGUAGCCAGAAAGAAAUGUUAAUUUUAAAGAAAUACGUGAUUGAUUUAGAGGCUUUUGCAUCUAAACUCUUCACGUACAAACAUAAAGCCACACAUAAUUCAAGAUCAGGGGACAUUUUGGAAUAAUAGGUUUGUAUUAAAAUUGUGAUUAAAAUAUAUCACAUCUGCAACUUAUCAGCAUAACACCACAGACUAAUAAAGUAUGACACAUGAAAUCGUCAGAAAUUUAGCUAAUUUAAAAAAAAAAAAAAAAAAAAAGAAGAA